GGCGGAAAGUGAAUUCCGAAAAUGGCGUCGUUUUGGCUCGUCUCUCGCGCUUCGCGUAGGUUUCUGAAAGCGAAACCUUCACUUUCUCUUUCCCGCACCCUAUUCGCAGUUUCUACUUACCAACCAACCACCGCCACCACCACCACCACCACCUCGAAAAAUUCUAACCCUAACGCUUAUCCCAACGGAACCCAGUUGGGCCCAUUCACUCAGAGGCACAGUUGGACUCUCAGUUGCGUCGAAUUUGAUCUGAGACUCGUAGCCCACAUCUCCAGCUCGUCUUCAUCUACAGGCGCCAAGAAGGACGGAAAUCAGGGCAGCAAUGACGUCAAGGUUGAAGUUGAGGCUUCUUGGAUCGACUUGUAUUUGCCGAGACAAGCUCGCCCUUAUGCGAAGCUCGCUCGCCUCGACAGGCCCAUUGGCACUUGGUUGCUCGCUUGGCCUUGUAUGUGGUCAAUAACAUUGGCUGCAAGCCCAGGACACCUUCCUGAUAUUAAGAUGAUGACACUAUUUGGAUGUGGGGCUCUGCUCUUAAGGGGCGCUGGAUGCACCAUAAACGAUCUCCUUGACCGGGAUAUUGAUACCAUGGUAGAACGUACAAAAUUGCGGCCAGUUGCAAGUGGUCUUUUGACCCCUUUUCAGGGGAUUUGUUUUCUUGGAUUUCAAUUGCUUUUGGGUCUUGGAAUUCUCCUUCAACUGAAUAAUUAUAGCCGCGUUUUGGGGGCUUCAUCAUUGUUGCUAGUUUUCUCCUAUCCUCUCAUGAAGAGGUUGACAUUUUGGCCUCAAGCCUAUCUAGGUUUGACCUUUAAUUGGGGAGCUUUAUUAGGAUGGGCUGCAGUUAAAGGAAGCAUUGAUCCAGCUAUAGUGCUCCCAUUGUACCUUUCUGGAGUUUGCUGGACACUUGUGUAUGAUACGAUAUACGCACAUCAGGAUAAGGAAGAUGAUCUGAAAGUAGGUGUUAAGUCUACUGCAUUGAGAUUUGGUGAUUCAACUAAGGAGUGGAUUACUGGGUUUGGAAUUAUGUGCAUCAGCAGUCUUGCCCUCAGUGGAUAUAAUGCUGAAAUUGGGUGGCCAUACUAUGCAUUUUUGGCAGCUGCAUCUGGACAAUUAGCUUGGCAGAUAUGGACUGCCGACCUUUCAUCCCGGGUUGAUUGCAACAGAAAAUUUGUGUCGAACAAGUGGUUUGGUGCUAUUAUUUUCAGUGGAAUCCUGUUUGGAAAACUUUCAUCAUAGGGGUAAGGUUACUUUUGGAGUAGUUACUUCCAACCUUGGGGUACUCCUAUCAUGGGCUAUGUCUUGAAUCAAGUUUAUAUGAUUUAUGGGAUAAGAAGGUAGAGAGGAGCGCGAGCGAGAGAAAGCAAAUUCUAAAAGAAGAGAAUGAGAUGGCCAUGCCAUUUAGCUUUUGUCAAGGUCGUGACACUGUCUCCAUCUCUGUGUCUAUUUGUUUUGGCUCUUCCCAGUUCACAGAGUGGAAUUUGGAUCCAACUUUUGGCAACGACCUUCGUCUUUAUGCGGUUCACAGAAUAGUCAGUAAUUCUACUUCAGCGGAGAAGAACGACGCAGUAGUUUUUUUUUCUUGAUCUGGGUAAUUUUGUUUUCCUUAAUUGAUCAGUAACUUCAUUUAUUGUUUUACUUGUAAGUAUGAAAUUAUUGUUAAUGAGUAUUGCAGUUCUUGGUAAGUAUGAAAUUUGAUUUA